AAGUUUCCACUUCGGUAGCUUGGCAUCGAUCACUUCUCGUUACCGAUACUAUAUCAAAAGGCGUACACUCCAUUCCUUCGACGAAUCCCCCCGACAAGGUCAGGAUCUGCUCAAUGUCGAACCAGAAGUUUUUCGGAGUGACACCACCCAUAUCGAGUGCCGAGCCAACAUUCAAAGAGAUCGAGGUGACUGAUGGCUUAGUGCAAACCUUGAAAGACCUCGGACUUUUUGAGAGCGAUGAGGAGGCCCGAAAAAGGGAGUUGGUUCUGGGGAAGUUGAAUCUAAUCUUCAAAGAAUUCGUAAAGCGGGUCAGCUUGCGACAGGGGCACUCUGAAGCGGUUGCUGAGGAGGCGGGUGGCAAGAUCUUCACAUUUGGAUCGUAUCGCUUAGGCGUGCAUGGGGCAGGGAGUGAUAUUGAUACUCUCUGCGUUGCGCCGAAGCACGUCAAACGAGACGACUUUUUCGAUAUAAUGUACGACUUGCUAAAGGCCAGACCGGAAAUCACCGACAUCACCGCGGUCUCCGACGCCUAUGUCCCAGUCAUUAAGUUUGAGUUCUCCAAAAUUCCCAUCGAUCUUCUUUUCGCUCGGCUUGAGUUGGACUCGAUACCGGACGACCUGGAUCUUGCGGAUGAUAACCUGCUGCAGAACCUGGAUGAGCGGGACGUCCGCAGUUUAAACGGAUCUCGCGUAACGGAUGAGAUUUUGCGACUGGUACCUAAUAUCGAGGCCUUCCGAAUAGCGCUGCGAUGCAUCAAAUUGUGGGCGAAACGUCGAGCUAUUUAUUCGAACGUCAUGGGGUUCUUUGGCGGAGUUGCUUGGGCUAUCCUUGUGGCCCGCGUUUGCCAACUAUAUCCGAAUGCGGCAGCCGGAGCCAUCGUGUCCAAGUUUUUCCGAAUCAUGCACAAGUGGGCAUGGCCUCAACCAGUAUUGCUGAAACAUAUUGAAGAGGGGCCAUUGGCUGUGCGAGUAUGGAAUCCGAAGAUUUAUCCCCAGGACAAAGCCCACAGAAUGCCGAUCAUCACACCCGCGUAUCCGUCCAUGUGCGCUACGCACAAUGUUACCGAAUCUACACACGUUGUGACCACUCAGGAGUUUGAGCGUGCCGCCGACAUCGCAGAUCGCAUUAUGGUCGGGUCGGGUUCCUGGAUUGAGCUAUUCACGAAGAGCGAUUUUUUCGCACGUUACAAGUACUAUCUGCAAAUCAUUGCAUCAUCAGACCAGGCGGAGUCGCAGCUGCGGUGGUCUGGCAUGGUCGAAUCUCGCUUGCGGCAAUUGGUGAAACAGCUGGAACUUGUUGAUCAUCUGGAGCUUGCGCAUCCUUACAUCAAGGGCUUCGACAAAGUAUGCAGAUGUAUCAGUGAAGAGGAGAGAAGUCGGGCUGCUCAUGGGCAGUUUCCUCCGUCCCGGGAUGACUCUGAGACGGAUGUCCCAGGCGCUUCAUUCUUAUAUACGUCAACGUUCUACAUUGGUCUGAGCAUCAAGGCAAAGGAUCCGAGCUCCAAUACUCCACGAAAGCUGGAUAUAUCUUGGCCGACGAGAGAGUUCGUGUCCAUGGUAAAAGCCUGGGAUAAGUUUGAUUGCACGACAAUGGGGAUAGUAGUGCAGUACAUGAAAAGGUAUGAACCAUUUUCAAAGUCUUCCGCCCAUCCCUUCCUGUUCCUUACUUUUCCUUCAGCGUGGCGUUGCCUUCCGAAGUGUUCGAAGGCGAUCAGCCCAAACCGAUGAAGAAAAGGCCGAAGUC